GCACCUUGCGCAUGUGCCAAAUAAUACCUCGAGAAAUUUGAAGCUUCGAGCUGCUGUGGCUACGACAAUCUUCGUGUGACGCAACCGACCUCCCAUACUAGACUUCGCGACAAUCCCACAGGCUUGGGCCAGCACACGAAACCACGUUUGCUGGGAAUCUUUUCACUUCUUGUUUUUCGCUUGCAUACCCUCCAUACCCCGAUACCUCCGGUUCAAGAUGCAGGCCUUCUCGAGACAGCUUCGCCUGGGCAGCUCCCUGCGCAGCGCCGCCAGGAGGACAUACAGCAGCUCCUCGUCCCCCUACGCGGCCACCAUCAACAACCUGCGCAUCAACGGCGAGACCAAGGUCAUCUUCCAGGGCUUCACCGGCAAGCAGGGAACCUUCCAUGCCCAACAAGCUAUCGACUACGGCACCAAGGUUGUUGGUGGUACCAACCCCAAGAAGGCCGGUUCGACCCAUCUCGACCUCCCCGUCUUUGGCAAGGUUGCCGAUGCCGUGAAGGAGACCGGCGCCAAUGCCACCGCCAUCUUCGUCCCUCCUCCUCUGGCCGCCGCUGGUAUUGAGGAGGCCGUCGCCGCCGAGAUUCCCCUGGUCGUCUGCAUUACUGAGGGUAUCCCUCAGCACGACAUGGUCCGCAUCACCCAGAUCCUCAAGUCGCAGUCUAAGACCCGCCUGGUCGGCCCCAACUGCCCCGGCAUCAUCGCGCCCGGCCAGUGCAAGAUCGGUAUCAUGCCCGGCUUCAUCCACAAGCGCGGCCGCAUCGGCAUCGUCAGCCGCUCCGGCACGCUGACGUACGAGGCCGUCAACCAGACGACCCAGGCCGGCCUCGGCCAGUCGCUCGUCGUCGGCAUCGGCGGCGACCCCUUCAGCGGCACCAACUUCAUCGACUGCCUCCAGGUCUUCCUGAACGACGCCGAGACGGACGGCAUCAUCAUGAUCGGCGAGAUCGGCGGCUCGGCCGAGGAGGACGCGGCCGACUUCCUGCGCGCCAACAACACCAAGAACGGCGGCAAGCCCGUCGUCUCCUUCAUCGCCGGCAUCUCGGCUCCCCCCGGCCGCCGCAUGGGCCACGCCGGCGCUAUCGUCUCGGGCGGCAAGGGCGGCGCCGACUCCAAGAUCAAGGCCCUCGAGGCCGCCGGCGUCAUCGUCGAGCCCUCGCCCGCCGGCCUGGGCAAGGCGCUGCGCGAGGAGUUUGUCAGGCGCGACCUGUUGUAGGGCGUUUGCUGUUAUGGUUGCUGAGCAAGCAUGGCGGCGGCAGAGAUAGGAGGCGGCGGAGCGGUUUCUGGUUUUCCCUUUUGGCAAACGGCGCAUAAAGCUGUGGGUAAUGGAUUUCCAUUUUUCGUCUGUUGACGCUACGGGAGAUAACUACAACUUAGAACGGUCUGGAUCCGGCAACCGAGGGGAGUGCAUAUAUAAAAGCGAAGCACGUUAUUCGAACCUGAUCUGGCCGGACCACCAAUAUUCAUCAUGGGCCAUUUUUGUGACAGCUACAGCGGGUGGAGGAUGUCAACCUGCAGUGAAGGAACCUGCAGUGAAGAACGCGACUGAAUGUGAUGCUUGCGGCGCUCAAUUAGGAUCAGUGUUGUAAACUAGAGUGGUAAGGCCAGGCAAGGAGAAAACCAAUAGAUUAUAACCAAACGCAAACGGGCUAUCCGAAAAACUCCGAAUUUGUAUGCCGAAACACCC